AUGGCUCCUUGGGACGAGAAGACCCGGGUGGUCCAGUUACGCAUGAGACUCACCGGUUCCCUCAAGGAUUGGUGCACUCAGCUUCGGGACGACGUUCGCUCAGACUGGAAGAAGUUGUCUCACGUCUUCAAGAAGGAAUGGUGCCGUACGCUGAACUCCAAGGCUGAGCGGUACUACUCGAUGGAGAUGAAGGACUCCGAUACACCUCGGAUGUUCUUCUACCGUCUGAACCAUACCGCCAAGAAGGCUGGGAUCCCGUACCUGAGACCGACCGUCGAUCGCGAGGCUCACAUCCGACGUUUUAUCAAGGCUUUGACUGACUCAAGGCUGAGGACUACUCUUCAGGGACAGCGUUUCGAUACUUUGGAUGAAUUGGAGAAAACCCUGAAGAGGAUCGAGGCUCUCCUCCAAGACGAGAGCUAUGAGCAGAAGCGGCGCCCAGCGCAAGGGCUUCAGUUUGGACGUUUCAAACCUCCACAGUGUCAAGCUGAGGGACGUGCAUUCAAGGCGGAAGGCGUGGAAGUUGACCCAAGUCUGGGACGACAUGCACACUUCCAGGAUGACUACGACCUGAAGUACGAGGCUGAUUCUGAAGAAGAUGUGGACCGCUCAGCUGAGCGAACCAUGUCUCCGCCUGUCCCCGCGCCAGCUCCUGCUGCUGCAAGCUCAGCUCAGGCUGAGCCCAGUCGCUCUACCUCCCUGACCGAUGAAGAAAUUUUCCGAGUCGCUGAGAGAUUGGCCUGGAAGCCGAACGCUCAGCGCUAUGACCGUGGAGGAGAACAGCACCCAGAGCAGAAAUGUGACGAAUGUGGCAGUCGUAACCACCCGACGGACAAGUGCUGGAGCCGACUUAUCUGUGGGCGAUGCCACGAUGAGGGUCACCCGACCCAAUUCUGUAGGCGUCAGUCGUGUUCCAAGUGUGGCGAAUACCAUCGCCGGGGUUUGUGCGAUAUGUGGUCGGCACUCAAGGCGGUACGCGAGGCAAUCCGCACCGGAGGCUCGGUCGAGGGCCUCGCUCCUGAGGUAAUCCAAGCUCUGUUGGAUAGCCCAGAACUCCGAGAGAAGUCGUUAAACCACUUGGCUCGCUGGUUGGGAGACCAGUGUGUGACGAGCCUAGAUCCCAAGCGCUCUGUGCCUUUGCAUAUGUGGGCCCAGCCCUUUCAUGUUGGCGCAGAGAUAACCCCGAAUGUACAAUUUCUUAUCAUGAAGCUGGUGUUUACACUUUCGAUACUGACCGCAACACGCUGGACCCGGAGGAUGAAAUGGUGA